AUGACAAGAAUCAACUUCAUGCACGUAGAGAUUCUCCAUGGAAAAUUGUAUGCUUUCACCAAUGCAUCUAAAGAUUCUUUAAUUUCUUAUGACUUGAAAAAACAACCUCUAAAACUUGAGAUAUUAGCUAAGCUUCCUCUAGUAAUGCCUAACAUUAUUAGGACUGAGAUAGUUCCCCCUAGGUACUUAAUAGAAGCUAAUGAUCACAUUCUUAGGACUUUGGCUGUUGAUUCUUCAUCCGGAGAACUAUUGCUUAUUUACCUGUAUUACACCGCAUUCUUUACAUACAAUUGUGGGGGCUAUGAGACAAAGGAGUUUGCCAAUCCGCCCGAGAUUGUAGACAGUAAAGUGUACAAGUUGGACAUGAGUGACGAACCUUGCUGGAUUGAGGUUGAAAACUUGGAAAGUCUUAUGUUAUUUGUCGGCUAUUGGAAGACUCUUGUAUUGUCAUCACGUGUUGCUCCUCAUAUCCCUCAAGAGUUGAUUAAAGAGAAUUGCAUAUAUUUUGCCUAUCGGUUUCCAUGUAUUGAAGGCACGGAUGAAUGGAAGGGCCUGAAAAUUGGGAGACAUUGUAGGACUGAAAGAAGGAUUGAAUACUAUGGAUUUGAAAAAUCAAGUUUUACUGACGUGCCAUAUCCUGCUUGGUUCAUACCAAAUCUUUGA